AUGGAAAAUAAACCUUUAGAGGGAUUUACUUUUUUAUUUGGAUUGGCAGAGGCUUUAGGAGCCUUGGGUUUAAUUCUGACAGCGAUUUGGUUGGGAUCCUAUAGGGGCGGCUUUACAUGGACAUCAAAUCCUAAGUUAGAAUUCAAUUGGCAUCCCCUGUUGAUGAUGAUGGGAAUGAUUUUCUUAUACGCAAACGGAAUAUUGGUUUACAGAUCUUUUAGGAACAGUCGCAAACGGAAAUUAAAAAUUGCACAUGCUUUUAUAAAUGCAAUGGCUUUUAUAUUUACUAUUAUAGGAUUGCAAGCAGUUUUUGAUUCACAUAAUUUAGCAUCUCCAUCUCCCAUACCCAACAUGUAUAGCUUGCAUUCAUGGCUUGGAUUAGCAUCUGUUAUAUUAUUCGCUUUACAGUGGGUCUUUGGCUUGUUGUCUUUUCUUUAUCCUACUUUGAGUGCUCCUUUAAGAGCCACCUACUAUCCAAUUCAUGUUUUCUUUGGAAUUAAUGCUUUUGUUUGUGCAUCAGCAUCAGCGCUUUUGGGUCUCACUGAAAAAGCAAUUUUCAAUGUUAGUGAUUACAGUCAGUUUUCAUCAGAAGGAUUACUUGUCAACUGCAUUGGUGUAACAAUUGUUAUCUUUACAAGUUUGGUGGUCCAUUUAGUUACCGAGGUCAAAUUUAAGAGACAUCCUCUUCCUGAAGAUGAAAUGCUUUUGACCUCUAAUGAGUGA